GCAUCGCUUUUACGAAUGAAGUUCAUUCAUAAAAGCGACGCGAGAGAUCGCGCGAUUGUUACAAUUUUCUUUAUUUUUUAUUUACGCACAUUUUUUGUACAUCUACAGUUGUGCCGUACGAUCUCCGUGAUCAAGAAGAAAAAGACGCACAUGGACAAGGCGCUGAAACAUUUCGACGAGUUCUACGGCAACGUCUACGGAAAGUCGUGGGAAAACAUAAGAGCCGCGCUGCUGGCGGAGGAGCACAAGUAUAUGGCUGUGGUGAACAGCUUCAGCGACAUAGACAGGAUAAAGGCAGAGCUAGAGUCCCAAGGUGCCAUGAAUCUAAGGACAAUUUACGAAACCUACAAGGAACAUCUUGACGCAAAGCCACACAAGUCCAAGGAGAACAGGAAAGGGAAGAGGCAAGGAACGGGCCGAACGGAGUCUGUGAUUUCUAACACUGGGAUGUCGGUGGUGCAGUCGCAUUAUCCUACGGAUUACACGUCGCCUGUGUCUCUAAGCACGGAUGAAGACGACCAAGACUUGGCGGUGGAGGAUCAGGCGUUGCAACCCGUGAAAUUGAAACCCAUCGAAUCGAAUUUGAAUGAGAUUGCUUUGGAUGAAAAUCGAAUCGUGCAUCCCAACACCAGCUUGAGCGGAUUAUACGAGUUUGUACCAGCCACGAAGAUUAAAGGCAUGGACGAUUGGGUGCUGGAGUCGCAACACUACGGCUAUUACAAAGAGGGCUUGGAGUUUUCAGUGAACGUUGAGAGCGAGGUGAUGCUAACGUUUCCGCAGUUCCUCAACAUUUAUACGUUUGAGAAGGACAACAACAGCAAAUUUCCAUCGCCAAAGAAAGGCUCAACUGGCGUCUUAGAUUAUUAUCUUCUGGAUGGCGCCUCCGUGUUGCCGGUGCUGGCCUUGGACAUGCAACCUGGCGACGUUGUGCUGGACAUGUGCGCGGCACCAGGUGGAAAGACCCUGAGCAUUCUUCAAACGCUCAUGCCACAUACACUGGUUGCUAAUGACAUCCAAAAGUCCCGAGUGAAUAGGAUCCACAAAAUCAUAGAUGAAUACGUAGCUGGCAUCGGCCAGUGGGAAGACAGAUUGUUUGUGACAGAGCGAGAUGCAAGAUUUAUCGACGACAAAGAUAUGUUUAACAAGAUACUGGUGGAUGUACCGUGCACCACGGACAGGCACGUUUUGCAUUCGGAAGAGAACAAUAUCUUCAAGUCGCAGAGGGUGCGGGAGAGAUUGAAAAUACCAGAGUUGCAAGCGGCCAUUUUAACCAAUGCACUGAAGAUAAUAUCGGUAGGCGGCACGGUGGUGUAUUCUACCUGCUCCCUCAGUCCUAUCCAAAACGACGGCGUCGUCGGCAUGGCGCUGAAAAAAGCCUGGGAGGAGACCAAUUCUAUUAUGAUUGUGAAAGAUAUGAGCAAAGCGCUGAAUCCAUUGAGAUGCCUCUACAGAUUCGGCAAUUUUGGAUUAAAAUACGGCCACAUCGCCAUUCCUGCGCUCAGCAAUAAUUGGGGCCCCAUGUACUUCUGUAAAAUAGUACGAACGCGGUAAUACUAGACCUGCUCCGAUGACCAUUCGAUCGCUACCGGCUCAUCACAGGAGCAGCAUGCUACUGACGUAAAGCGACCGUGAAAGACCGAAAAACCCUGGGAGCAAGUCUGGAGGGAUGCGGAGCGUGUCCCUCUUCUGUAAACGCUACCCUCACGCGUGUGCGUGCGCGUUUGAGGAGGAGAAUCACACGAAAAGGGAAGGCCCAGGCCUCGUAUUCUUGAUGACAGUCACAUGGGUGGCCCUUAUUGAUUUUCUUAAGAAGAUGAAUACAAGAAGCAAACGAAGAAAGAAGAUAUUAACAGCUGACAUGAAAAAGAGUAACGGAUAGAAUUAGUUUUAUCAACCGCGGUUGCCUCAGCAUCUGGCGAGCAAGGAAUAGCGUCGAUUAAAAAUUGUCUCGUUGCUAAUCGACAAAAUCGGUUAUAUAAUAUUUUUGUAUAAUAUUCUUUGAAAUCAUUUAAUUAUACAAUUUUUAUACGCACGAUCUGAGUACGAGUUCAAGAUAUUGGGAAGUACGAUUAAAAGUUUUAGUGGAAACUGAUAAUGUAAAAUAUUUAUAUCUCUCCUGAAUGAUUUCAUUGUUUUUUUCCUCUCAACGUGUCAUAAUUCCAAAAAUUACAUAUUUGUAGAAUUAAAAUCUUAAUUUUCCGAACAACGGAUCGAACAAUCGGCGCGUACCUUUGGUAUUAUCUUCCACGGUCAUUGUGUCGAUAGAAACGUGUCUUUGAAUGGAAAUGUGCUUUCCAAUAUCCGAAGAAUCCUGCUGACCGUGCAUCACGAAAAUAUUGCAAUUGAUAACGCUUCUCCAAUAUUCUAUUUUACGUCGUAAAGUUCGUUUUUCCUCCCAAGUGGACCUAUUCCAGUGGCCAUUCAUUUACUUCUGGCUCGUCGCAGGAGCAACGUUCCACUGAUCUGUAAAUCGAUUCGGGGCAGCGACCGAGGAAGCCUUGAAAUGGCUCCGGCAAAAUGCGGACCAUGCGCACAGUUUGUAAACGCCACCCUCAUGCGUGUGCGUGCGCGUAUAAGGGAAAAAGUCGCACAAUAAAGAGCCCAAUAUCUUG